GGCGUCCUGAGCGCCGUCUUCACGGUCCUGAGGCUCCUGCAGACCAUGGCGCUGCUUUCCGCCAUCGGUCUCACGAGUGGCAUUGUCAGUUUGGUGGUGGGAGAGAAAACAGCUGCUCCAUCUGCGAUUGUCGGCACGCUGGUCGUUGCCUGCCUCGCAAUGUCAUACAUCAUCACCAGCUCCAUCCUCUACUGGAAACAUCUCCUCCCCCUCCUCAUCGCCACCGCCGCAGACGCCGCCUUCUCCAUCGCCUUCCUCGUCGCGUCCUGCCUCCUCGGCAAACCCACCGGCCGUCUCUCCUGCAAGGCCUUUCCCAACCAGGGCAACACGAGCGCAUUCAUAUCCUCCCUCUUCACCUCCUCCUCCUCCUCCUCCAGCAGCAGCAUCGUCGUCAGCCCCAGCAAAUCAGCCUGCCACUUGAUGAAAGCAACGUGGGGCCUCGCCAUCGCAAGCACACUCCUCUUCUUCGCGUCCGCCGCCGCGGCAGUCUUCCUCUGGAACAACCUCAAGCGCUGCCGCCGCGACGCAAACCAGGGGCCCCGCAAGGCGAUCGACUGCGAAUGA